AUGUCGACGUCGACGCCCAAGUGGUUGCUCUUUGCAAUCGCCAGCGGAGCCUGUGCUGCUCUGAACGCAUGGGCCGAGUCACUAUCUCACGUCUUUGGCCUGUCGGGUCCCAACAAAUUCUUUGAAUUUCUUGUUCGCGGCCUCUUCUUCGUCUUGAACCUCGUCUUCAAUGCAAUCAUGUGGGGUCUUUUCACACGCGCCCUGACCCUCGCCUCGAGUACGACAAGAGUCAGUGUCAUCAACACGUCUGCCAACUUUAUGAUUACCGCUGUUCUGGGCGUGCUUAUCUUUUCCGAAACUUUGCCUGGCCUCUGGUUGCUGGGAGCUGCCAUGCUGGUCGCUGGAAGUGUCAUUAUUGGAAGAAGAGAAGAGGGCAAAGAGACAGGCGAUGCGGGAACUGCAGGUGCUGAGCCGACUGUACUUGCGACAGAGAGUCACGAGUCUACUCCGUUUGCCGACGAGCCGGAUGCUCCCUUGGAAGGACGUGACCGAGACGAAGCCUUCAAGGAUGCGCCCAGCACCCACGAAUUGGAAAAUACAGACAGGGUGUGGUCAAGUUGA